CAUAAAACAGAAUGGCAAAGCGGUUUACAUGUGUUGAAUGCAAUAAGGACGCGCACGAGCUUCACAGAGAUUACAAAAAUGGGAUCUUGAAGAUAACCAUAUGUGGAUCCUGCCAAAAGCCUGUAGACAAGUAUAUUGAAUAUGAUCCCGUCAUUAUUCUGAUUGAUGCCAUUUUAUGCAAAACUCAAGCAUUCAGACACAUUCUGUUCAACACUACAUUGAACAUUCACUGGAAGCUGUGUGUGUUUUGCCUGCUGUGUGAGGCCUACCUGAGGUGGUCACAACUUCAGGGAUCUGAACAGAGCAAUGACCCUGCAGACAUCAUUAGAUACACCAAGGAAUGGGAUUUCUAUGGCAUGUUUGGGGUGGCAGCUCUUGAAUUGGGUGCGUUCUCUGUCGGAGUGCUGUCCUUCCUGUGGCUGGUGCAGUGGUUGCUUGGCUUUGACUUUGAACUGAGCUUACUGCUGAAAGCCCUCCUGCUGUCCAGCUAUGGCAAAGUCCUGCUCAUCCCUGCAGUCAUAUGGGAGCAUGACUACUCCCCACUCUGCUUCAGCCUCAUCAAGCUGUUUGUGCUCACGUCCAACUCUCAAGCCAUAAGAGUCAUUCUAAACUGCAGCAGAAGGCUCUCCCUGAUGGCUGUGUGUGUGGGUCUGCUGUUAGAAACGUGCGUAGCCCAGGCGUUGCAGACGCUUCCAUGGAGCAUACAGGACUUCCUGCCGUUCCAGUGACCUGUUUCAGGCCAGUCCUGAAGAACACACUGUUACAAUGGCACCUAUUAUACCCUGGACCAGAGUGGUGAGGAGAAACUGGCAGUGCUGUGUGGAGUGUGCCUAGUGAUAUACAGUGAUUUCCAAAAGUAUUUGGACAGUGACAGUUUUUUUUUUACAACACUUUGGAUUUUAAAUUAUACAAUGACUGAUGUUAAAGG